CUAUUAUUAUAAAAAUUGCACUAGGUGGCAGAGAAAAAAUCGUUGAUAAUACACCUCCGAAUUAUGCAAAUCUUAUUCAAAAAUGUUGGUCUACUGAACAGGACCAGCGCCCACCUUUAAACGAAGUUUUAGAUGAACUCAAUAAAUUAUCAACGGAAACUACUAUUUUAACUAGCAAUAACAUUGAAACUAAUGCUGUUCGAAGAAGAUUUCGACAACGAUCGAUUCUGACUGAAGAAACCCAUGGAACUUUUUAA